AUAUAAUAAUACACAUAAAAAUAAUAUAUAAACAAACGUUUUUAUAAUUUCAAUUAACAAAAAAUUAUUUGAGUUACACUAUUUACGCCUUCUAUUGCCUCCCACAUAAGCGUAUUAACGCUUUAAGUAACGCGUUGCGCCGCUUCAUAUUUUGCUGGUGCUCCACGGUAGCAAAAUGAAAAAGAUUUUUUCUAAAUUUGAUAAAAAUGAAAAAUUGGACAACUCACAUAAUCACUCCGUUUCGAAGGAAACCAAUAGUUUUGUGGGCAAAGUAUUUACCGUUGGACGAGUUAUAGUUACUGUAGAAGAUGUUCUCGCAGAAGGUGGAUUUGCAAUGGUUUUUCUAGUAAAAGCCAACACAGGCAAUGCAAAAUAUGCACUGAAACGUAUGUACGUAAAUAACGAACAUGAUUUGAACGUGGCCAAAAGGGAGAUACAAAUAGCAAGUAAUCUAAGUGGUCACAAAAAUAUUAUUGGUUAUAUCGACUCAAGCAUUACACAUACGGGAAAUGGAGUGUGUGAAGUUCUGCUAUUGAUGCCAUAUUGUAAGCAUCACAUGCUGGCCAUGAUGAAUGCACGCUUUCAAGUUGGCUUUACUGAACAAGAGGUUCUUACCAUCUUCUGUGAUAUAUCUGAAGCAGUUUCACGAUUGCAUUACUGUCAGACACCAAUUAUACAUCGCGAUCUUAAAGUUGAAAAUAUACUACAAAAUGAUACUGGUAAUUUUGUAUUAUGCGAUUUUGGCUCAGCUACAGCAAAGGUACUCAAUCCACAACAACAUGGCGUAAAUACAGUUGAAGAGGAAAUACAAAAAUAUACAACUCUUUCGUAUCGUGCACCUGAAAUGAUUGAUCUUUACUGUGGCAAAAAUAUAACAACGAAAGCAGAUAUAUGGGCACUAGGCUGUUUGUUAUAUAAGUUAUGUUUUUUUGCUUUGCCAUUUGGCGAGAGUACUUUAGCAAUACAAAAUGGUCAAUUCUCAAUACCUGAUAAUUCUAAGUACACCAAAGGUAUACAUCAGCUCAUAAAAUAUAUGCUUGAACCAGAUAUGGACAAAAGACCAAAUAUAUGGCAAGUAUGUGAGGUUGCAUUUAAGCUUACCGGAAAAGAAAAUCCAGUAACGAAUUUGCACAAAUCGUCGGCUCCAAUUAUUGAACAGCUAGCUGUACCAGCAUUUGAAUCUGAGGUUAAAAGAAUUUCCAGUGCAGCUGCUAAAGUUGUCAAACCUCAGAGUGUGUCUAUUGUCGAAUCUGGCACAAGUGUUGCGCCACGACAACGUCCCAAAGGCUCAUCUGCAGUUCAUGGUCAGAACCCAUUAGGUUUGGGCUUACCACCUAGUCCCUUACCUCGUAAUAAUAUAACGUCACCACAACCACAACAACCAGUCAUAGAGCAAUUUCAAACAAACUUUCCAAAUAUGCCGCCGCCUCCUGCGGCACCUUCAGCGUCUACAGUUCAGCAACAAACUGCAACAAUAGGUAAUACAGUUAAUGCGGUUGCAACCCCUAGUGUGACUACUGCACCAGCUGAAGUGUUAAAUAGUUUAUUUGAGUCAAGCGUGUAUCCAGAUCCGUUUAGUGAAAGUUCAUUACCUCCACAAAACAGCGAAGUAUUAGAUCAGGCUGUAAUUACUGUUAUACCGGAUUCUACUUCGCAUGAUGUUACAGGCAGUAAUGUUGUUACCGCUCCUGCGGCAGUAACACCUGUGAAAAGAAUGCUGUCACCUCCCAAAGUUGGAGUUUCUACAAAUAUGCCCAAUGCAACCGGACAUCGUCGUAACGUCAGCGAUACUUCAGCUUUUAAUAAAACCUUUGCCAAUGAAACAUCCCAAUUCCUAGCGCCUUAUGAUCAGUCCGUAAAGAAUCGUAACACUAAUAUGAGCAGCGGUGAUGAAUGUGCUAUUACAAGUAGUUGUAGUGCAUCUGUUUCAACAACUUUUGGUGGUUCCAAUCCUGGACUGUUCCUAUCACCAACACAUACACCACAACAAAUACAUGCACAACCGAUAACUGGAUCGAUUUCCAAUACUGAAUUGACAACAACAAAAAAUGUGACUGCAUCCGCUGAUGUCAUUAAUAGAGGUUCACUCGAAGGACAUGUUGAUGCUUGGAAUCCAUUUGAAGAGCAACCCUUUAGCCAGAUGACGGAGGAUCAUAUAUUUGAAGCUGAAUUCGAUAAGCUAAGACAGCGUGGCAGUCAAGGAAGCAUUACUGCAAAAUCAGCAUCAACAACUUCUACACUUACACCAACAGAAAAUAAUUCAGUACAUUCAACAACAGUGCCAGCACAGACAGCACCUACAGCAUUAGUCACAUCUACAGUGCUUCAAAGUGGCGGAAGUGGUUCCAGAAUUUCACCGCAUGUACCUGAUGAUCCAUUUGGUUCAGCACCAUUUAGUUUGCCGCCAGGACUAAGAGAAAAGGCAACUUCACUACGUAAAACAGGAGCUAAAUAUAUUGGUGGUACGACAAGCUCUACAACUGUAUCCAAUAUGGCUGCUUGUGGUACAACAUCUUCAACUUCGUCGAAGUGGUUACUUUCGCCAACGCUAGAAGUAUCCAGCGAAGAGAAAACAUCGCUUAUAAACAAUUUAAGAACUGAUUCUGAAGGUUUUGAAGGUGCAAAUGGUGAAGAUCCUUUAUCUAAUUUGACUGGCACAAGUAUGCCUUUACCCGGUGGUGGUUUUGUUAAGUUGCCUUUAGAUGAUCGCAAUAAAUAUGAGAAACUACGUAGUAAUGACAAUCCCACUUCAGAUGAUUCCGAUUCGGAAUUUUUUCAAGAGGAUUAUGCUAGUUCCAACACAGGUGCAAGUAAAAAGGCUAUUUUCAAACAAAUUGUAACCAACAAUAUACCAGAUACCAUACAUAAAAUACAACAGGCAGCUUAUCACAAAGUCGAUAAAACACAAAUAAAAGUACCGAUUGUCAAGAAAUUACGACAUACCACUAAAAAGCCUACAACUGCUGCACAGCAAGCUGCUCAGCAAUUAAAUGCCGCUUUAGAGCAACAUGUACAGCAGCAACAACAAGCAGCUGCUAUAGUGGCUGCAGCAGCAGCGGUGGCGGCAGGUGCGAAUGUUAAGUCUGACAAAGAAGAUGAUGCCGAUUCAAUUGGUUCAGCAAGCGAUUUACGUGCUGAGGACGAUGACUUUUUCGAUGAGAAUAAUAUUAGUUCGACUAAUACUAAGUUCCGUAGACCUAACUUGGAUAUGGAUGGAAUUAGCGAAAGUGUUAAAACUUGUAGUUCAUCGGCUUAUCAUGCUGAAUGUGAAAGUGUUACUACCCAUGAAGAUGACGUAAGCCGCGUUGUGGUAAAGGUGCGCAUGCGUAAAAAAGAUCGCACAGCAGCCGCUGCAGCAGUAGCUGAAAAUUUAGCUGGCACAAACAAUGAUGACGAAAGUGAAUUGAGUCCCACAUCUAAUGAUUUUCUACAUAAAUUUGGAGACCGGCCACUUUUACUUGAUGAUGAAUUGGAUUAUAGUUCUUGUGAUUCUGAUUCCAAAGAUAAAAGUAGCAACGAUACAGAAGAUUCGCCAGAAAGUGUGCAGCGAGUACCGGUGGGUAGCAAAAUCAACACUGAAGAGGAAUUAGAUGUCUUUGCUAUGGCACCAUUUAAAAUGCCUGUAGGAUUGCCAACAAAAAAGAAAACAAAAAAUUCACGUUCUAUACCUAAAGUGCCAAUAGCAACUCCAACAAAUCAAACUACAGAGAUUUGGACAUCAACACCAAUCAAGAAAGAUAUGACUGCUGCGUUCACUAAAUCAGAACUAGAAUUUGAUAAUUUUCCAACUGAGCCAAAUGCAAAAAUAGUUCAAUUUAAUGAACCAGUUUUCAAUCCAUUUAUUGAAACGAAUAAAUCAACUGCUGGUUCUUCAAUUCCAAAACAACAAAUAAGAAGUUCAUCAAAUUUCGGUACUGUUACUGUUAUAUCAGCAAAUAAUGCACCAACCAUGUCAUCAGUUAGUUUUGAUGCAAAUUUUGAUACAGAUCAACAAAUUCCAACUUCAAACUUCCCCAUAUGUAUUGAAGACAACACACAUGAACAACAACGUGAUCUCUUCGGAUCCGAACCAUUUCCACAGGUAAUUCGUAAAUGUGUCGUUAUUACUCCUGAAGGAAAUACAAACAAAAUUAGUAAUGUAAAUGUAAUAAACAAUAAUAAUAAUAUUGUGCAAAUGAAGACAACACCUCCAAUUACAAAUACAAUCCAACCACCAUUUACCCAACAUGCAAUACCAAUAGUAGCACCCAAUGCGAGUUCAACUCCCCAACUUGUUACCGUCAACCAUUCAAUUAUUAUAAAUAAAACCCCAGAACCCUUGCCGAAUUACAAUAUUUCCCGUUCAAAUAUUAGUUUGAAUUAUAUUGGCACCAAUAUCAGCCAUUCUACAGGUUCAUCGAAUAUGACCACAUUGACAAAUGUAUCUGUCCCAAUAUUUCCAGCAACUGCAACGGCUGUUACUUCCAAUGCGCAUGUAAAUGUUGUACCAGCACCACAACCGCUCUCCAAUUCAAUGUCAACCAUAAGCAAUUUAUCGACAUAUAGCAUACCAGCGCUGCAAAAACCUAUACUUAAAGCAAACACCAACUUAUCUUCACAUAGUGUCAUACUGUCUAUACCACCCAGCACCUGUUCAGCUGCACAAACAAUACCUGUCAAUAAGUCAACAUAUACACCAAAUGUUACAAAUGUUACAAAUUUAAAUCAAACCGAUUCUAUGUUUCCUAUUGCUGAUAAUAAUUUUGUACAAAUCUCUCAAGAUCAUUGCUCAGACUUUACGCCAGACGAUGAAGAAGAGCCAGUGGUUGUGCAUGGUUCGAGUUCUGCCACCAUGGGCGAUACAACAGCCAAUCCAUCAACGGCAACAGCGCAGACCAUCAACAGCGCCACCGUCACCACAAAACCUAAAAAAGAAAAAUCCCAUUUGGGUGUAAGAACAUUACCGGCUAAAAUUUCGCAAAAAGUCAAAGGACACUCAUACAAAAAAGUUGUAUCAUCUGCAGCUGGACUGGGUUCAACAUCCUCAUUAUCUUCAGCCAGCAAACAAAAACAUCAACGUUUACAAUAUCAAUCACAAGAUGAUUAUGAUGAUGAAGAUUACGAAAAUAUUAUAUCAACGACAGCAUCUUCUUCAAAGCAUUCCAAACAUGGGCACACAGCAAAUACAAAUGAUACAAAUGGUAAAUCAUAUCGUACAAAUGCUUCAUCAUUUCAAUCGAAUACCAUACAAAACUCCGCAAAGACAGGCUUUAGCAAUAUGAGUUUCGAAGAUUUUCCAUCCGAUCAAGAAAUUGAUCGCAUGUCGAAAACUUUACCUUUCGAAGUGGUACGCAACGAGAAAAUGCUACUUGAGGCUGAAAAGAAAUUCGGUUCAUUGAAGCGUCGCAAUAAUCUAUUUUCCUAGAAGCGAAUUUCCGAGACGAGAAAAUCGCUCAAGAAGGAAUUUAAACAAGUUCUACAAAAAGUAUUACGAAAUUCUAAAGAUAAAUGAAACGCCGCGUAUGAUAUGUCAAUUACAUGUACGAGUAUUUAUGUAUUUGUUGUUAGUAUGCAAUA